AUGGCAGACAUGAAUAAAGAACAACAAUUACAAGUCAAAAUUAAUGAACCAUCAUCUUAUAUAGUAUCUCAACCAGUACUAAAUGAUGAUAUAACUAAAACUGACCAAGUACCAGCACCAUCAUUUCUAGAUUCUAUUUUACAAGAACAACCUGUUGAAAAAGAUGAGAAAAAAAAGAAGAAAAAAAAGAAAGGCAAAACAGGCCGUCAAAAGGAAAUUGAACGUUUAACAAAGGAAACAAAAGAAAUUUUUGAGUCACCUGAUAAAUUAAAUGUUGUAUGUGAACGUAUCCAUUCAUUAUUAUUAGGACAGAAAAAAUUUUUACUCGGUGCUUGUCAAUUAUUGGAUAAAUAUAAUUAUGGUUCUUUACCAUAUGAACAAUUUCGAUUAAUUAUUAGAGAUCGUUUACCUAAACUAUCAACGGAAGAUUUUUUUAUUUUGACUAAAUUAUUUGAAGUCGGUGGUACAUCAAUUGAUUAUCGAGCUAUCUUAGAUGAAGAACUUGGAAAUGGUAUUCUACGACAUGUCACACAAUUACCAGUUCCAUUACCAACUGAAAUUGUACUUGAAAAAAAAUCAUCAAAAGAAUCAAAAUCAAUAUUCAAUGAACCAUUACAAGUAGCCCAACCAAAAUAUGUUACACUUCAUCUACGUCUUAUUACAUUCGAUGCAUAUAAUGCUUAUCCUGGUCAUGUUCAUAUUACUGUACCUGAUCAUACGAGUGUUUAUGCUCUAUCUAAAAUGGUUAUUGAUAAAACAGAUCUUGCAACACGUUCUAUUAGUAUAUUUCGUGAAAAAAUUCGUUCACGUCAUGGUCUUCUUGAUCCAAUGGAUACACUUGAACAUCAUCAAUUAACCGGUGCAUGUAUUGAUGGUACACAUAAGCAAUUAUUUCCAACUUAUACACUUUAUUAUGAUUAUUCACCAAUGGAACUUCGUAGUGAUUGUCCAAUACUUAAAUGUGAUUAUUAUAUGAAAUGA